AUGGAUCUGUUAGGUUUGGGAUCAAAAGUUGAUGUCGAUUUUCUGUUGGAUCCGCAAGGUCAACGAAAGCAAAUUGAAGUUAAACUCGAUGAUAAUAGUAAACGAGCUUUACAGUAUAUUUACUACGAUGGUGAAGAUGUUGGAGGAAUGGUGCAGAUUAAACUGAAGAAAAACAACAAAGUUGAACAUCAAGGCAUUCGUUUGGAGUUUGUCGGACAGAUUGAAAUGCUGAACGAUCGAAGUACGAUACACGAAUUUAUCAAUCUAUCAAAAUUACUUGCUUUUCCUGGUGAAUUAACCGAAAACACAUCUAUAGAUUUUCAUUUUCCGAAUGUGGAAAAACCGUAUGAGUCUUACAUUGGUAUCAACGUGAAAUUAAGAUAUUUUCUUCGUUUAACGAUCAUACGUCGCUUUACUAACACAGUAGCCGAACGUGAUAUAUGCGUUCAGCAAUUAUCUCAAUUUCCGGAAGUAAAUAAUAGUAUUAAAAUGGAAGUGGGAAUUGAAGACUGUUUACAUAUUGAAUUCGAGUAUAACAAAUCCAAGUAUCAUCUGAAAGAUGUAAUUGUGGGAAAAAUUUAUUUUCUACUUGUCCGUAUCAAAAUCAAACACAUGGAAAUUGCAAUUCUGAAGAAGGAAACAACCGGAAAUGGCCCGAAUAUCUAUGCUGAAACCGAAACCGUAGCCAAAUAUGAGAUAAUGGAUGGUGCACCUGUUCGCGGUGAAAGUAUUCCAAUUCGUCUUUUCUUGGGCGGAUACGAUUUAACACCGACGAUGAAAGAUAUUCAGAGAAAGUUCUCCGUUCGAUAUUUUCUCAAUUUAGUUCUUGUCGACGAAGAAGAACGACGUUAUUUCAAGCAACAAGAAAUCGUUCUCUGGAGAAAACAAGAUAAAGUCAAACAGAAAAAUUCCGCCAGACAAUAUGCACAGUUCGAACCUCCAACUUCCGCCCAGAAAUCAGACGACGGUUUGACUGGUCUCAGUGGCGAUGAUGAAGGCUCGCCAGUAAAUGGACCUUCAUCAUCUGAAAAACAACGUCAAAAGCAAAUAAUGACUGAAUUCGAUAUUUUGGAAUCGGAAGAUACAUCUUCAACAACCCUCUCACGUGAUUUGGUCGGAAUAUGCGUUGGUGUUAUAUCUGUUGCAAUGGUUAUUCUCAUUGUUGUCGUAUGUAAAUGGUCUCGUUGUUCAUUUUUAAAACGAAACCAAGAAAUCGACAAUGAAACCGAACGUCUAUCAGAGAUCGUUCAACAAACGGAUCCCAGACGUUCAUCUCACUCACAACAACGUUCUACUGGUCAAAAUCGCCGAUCAUCAGCUGCCCGUCCUUCGAACAUUAAUAAUCAAUACGUAAAUACAACAAGACAUGGUUUAUUAUCGCCACCUCAACCAGCCUCUCAUGGACAACAAUCAAAAACUACAAAAGUUCCUCGUGUGACUAUAACAACACUACCUGUUCAAUCUAGUCAACAGCUCGUUCCUCGUCUUUCAAUUAGUCCACAAGUGUCAAGUUCAUCAAUUACACAUAAUAACUAUUCAAUCAAACAAUAA